AUGGCAGAGAGAACAUUCAUGUCUAAUGACACCCAGCUCCAUCCUUCCUCAUUCCUACUGCUGGGCAUCCCGGGUCUAGAACAUGCACACGUCUUGAUUGGAUUCCCCCUUUUCUUUGUCUAUAUCAUUGCCAUUCUGGGGAAUGUUGCUGUUUUAUUUGUGAUCCAAACUGAACACAGUCUCCAUGAGCCCAUGUACUAUUUCCUGGCCAUGUUGGAUUCCAUUGACCUGGGUCUAUCCACAGCCACCAUCCCCAAAAUGCUGGGCAUCUUCUGGUUCAGUCUCAGGGAAAUAUCUUUUGGAAGCUGCCUUUCUCAGAUGUUCUUCAUCCACUUCUUCACAGCCAUGGAGAGCAUUCUGUUGGUGGCCAUGGGCUUUGACCGCUAUAUUGCCAUUUGUAAACCCCUUCAAUACACUGUGAUCCUCACCAGCAAAGUCAUUGGCAUCAUCGGGGGCAUUGCUGUGCUGCGGAGUCUGUGCAUGGUGGCUCCAUUAGUGUUUCUUCUCCUGAGAUUGCCCUACUGUGGACACCACAUCAUCCCUCAUACCUACUGUGAGCACAUGGGCAUUGCCCGGCUAGCCUGUGCCAGCAUCAAGGCCAACAUCAUGUUUGGUCUUUUUGAUAUCGCUCUCUUGCUGUUGGAUGUAGUCCUUAUCAUUCUGUCCUAUGUCAGGAUCCUCCAUGCUGUGUUCUGCCUGCCCUCCUGGGAAGCCAGGCUCAAGGCUCUCAACGCCUGUGGAUCCCACAUGGGUGUUAUUUUAGCCUUCUUCACACCAGCCUUUUUCUCUUUCUUGACACAUCGCUUUGGCCAUAAUGUGCCCCAAUACAUUCACAUUCUCUUGGCCAACCUCUAUGUGGUUGUCCCACCAGCUCUCAAUCCUGUGAUCUAUGGGGUAAGAACCAAGCAGAUUUGGGAACGAGUCCUGAGGAUUUUCCUUAAGAAAUAUCAUUAG